AUGAGUAAAAUUGCUAUCUUACUGUUAUUAACUACUUUAUUAGUAAAUGCUCAUAAUGCUAAUAAAUCAGUUAUUAACACAUGCUUAUAAGAUGAAAUAGAUAUGAGUUAAAUAGUUCCUAAGGAUUAUUUAGAAACAUUUGAUGAGAACUACGGAAACAGAAAACUCUAAAACUCUCAACCUUAACCAAUCAGAAUAACUCUUGAUUUCAAGGAACUUGAUAAUCCUAAAAAUGGUGAUGGAAUGACACCUUAAAUAAAAGAAUACAUAAAGAGAAUUAUGUUUGCUGCUCAAAUCUAUUUGAGUAAACUAAUUAAAGUAUAUCCAGCACAAAAACCUAUUAAGUAUAUUUGGAGUGGUGACACAUGCUAUGAUGUUAAGGUCUCUGAAUAGAUAAAAACUUCAGGUAUUGAAAAUUCUGAUUUGCAUAUAUUUGUCACUUAUUCUAAUCGUCCUGAUUAAGGCCAUUUAGCAAACGCAAUAUGGUGUUAGCUUGAUCCUUAGCCAAAUGUUGGAAGAGUCUUAUUCAAUAUUGGAACUAUGGACAUUAACGAAUCUUCUACAUAAUCUUUCUAAGAUAAUUUCUCAACUUCUUUACAUGAAAUUCUCCACAUUUUAGGUUUUUCAGGAAGUAGUAUUAACUACUGGAUUGAUCCUGAUACAAACAAACCAUAUGGAGAUAAAAACUAAUAUAAAGUAAUGAAGAGGGAAAGAAGAUGGGACGUAGAUGAUGUAAUUAAAGUAUUUUCUAAAAAUAUUUUGAAGAUUUCUAGAAAUCAUUAUAGUUGCCCCUCUAUAGAUGGUAUGUAUCUUGAAAAUUAAGGUGGUGGUGGCUCUAUGGGUUCUCAUUGGGAAAGAGAUUUGCUUGGUAAUGAAUUUAUGACAGCUAGUAUUGUUUAUGGUGUCUACACUAUUUCUAAAUUCACUGCUGCCCUGCUUUUAGAUACUGGCUACUAUGCUGAAAUUAACUCUAAUCUUCUUAUGCCUAUUUAUUGGGGUAAAAAUAAAGGAUGUGAUUUUUUCAAUAAUUCAUGUAACACUGGAAAAUAUUUCCCAGAAUUCCCUGGUGAUAAUGUUGAAGAAACUUGCGAUUUUUUCUCUCUUGGUUUUGGUGGUCUUUAAAACUAUGAUUAUUUUUCAUAAUGUUAAACUGUUAGCGUUUAUGGGAAUAGCUAUUGUGAAUCUGAUUAAUUUAAACCUGAUGAAAUACUGAGAUAAAAUACUGGUUCUGGAUCAAGAUGUUUUAGAUCAAAUGCAAACAUCAAAGGAUACGAUGUUUUAGAUAUGAAGGGUAGAUGUUUUAAGGCUUAAUGCUCUGAUGAUUUAUCUUCCAUUAAAGUUAAUGUAUGGGGUGAUGAAUACGUUACUUGCAAAUAUCCCAAUUAAAUCAUUAAUUUAGCUGAUCAAACUAAAACAACUCAAGGUACCAUGAAAUGUCCUCAUGAUUUUGAUUUGUUUUGCAAUUUCCCUAAGUCAUGCCCUAAUAAUUGCUCUAAUAAUGGUGUCUGUAAUAAUGGUUAUUGCGUAUGCCUCAAAGGAUAUGGUGGUACUGAUUGCUCUAAAAGAUGUGGUGAGGAUUAAGUUUGGGAUGGUUCUCGUUGUGUAUAUAACUGUCCUUCUGGAUAAUUCAAAAACUUUGAUAACACUUGCAAACCCACUUGUCCAUACAAAUAAUAUGGAGAUCAAGCCACUGGUAGCUGUGUUCUCUGCUCCGUUAACUGUUCUGCAUGCUUUGGUCCUUCACCAAAUCAGUGUCUAUCUUGUAAUGAUGGAUAUUCACUUAAAGGAAACUAAUGUGUCGAUACUACCUGUCACUAUAGCUGCCAAUCAUGUUCUGGACCUAAUUAAAAUCAAUGUACUUCUUGCCCCGCUGGUAAAUAUUUGGACUCUAGAAAAACUUGCUAGCCAUGUUAAUAUCCCUGUGAAGAUUGUUUCAACUCAGCUACUGAGUGUACAACUUGUGGAUAAGGAUAUGAAAUGGAUAAGUUUAUUGGUAAAUGCGUAUCUAUGAAUACAUGCGAUAGCUCUUGUCUUCAGUGUUCAGCUUUUAGAGACCCCACUAAAUGUACUUCCUGUAAAGAUGGUUAAUUCUUAAAUUAAGAAGGUAGAUGUUAAAAAUGUGAUGAAUCUUGUGCUACAUGUACUUAAAAAGAAACCUAAUGUAUAAAAUGCGCUGAUGGAUGGGAAUAUGAUGAAAAUAACAAAAGAUGCCGUAUGGAUUGCCAUGAAAGUUGUGAUACAUGUACAGUUCGUUAAGAUCCUACAGCUUGUAAAAGAUGUGCUUUUAAUUACGUAUUCUAAAAUAAUUUAUGUAUUCCUUGCGGUGCAGGUUGUUAUGGUUGUAGAGAUGAUCCUAAAAUAUGUACUAAUUGCAUGAGAGGAUAUAAACUUAAUACAGACAUAAAAACUUGUGAUCCUAUAUGCAGACCUGGUGAAUUUUUUGAUAGAAACGAAAGCUGUUAAAAAUGUAAAUCUCCUUGUGCUACUUGUCAAGCAUAUGCUGAUUAUUGUUCUAGUUGUGUAACAGGUUACACAUUCGAUACUCAAUACAAAUCAUGUAAGCUUUCUAAAAACUCUUGCCAUGAAAGUUGUGCUUAAUGUAGUAGGUAUGAUGACAUUAAUUCAUGUAUUUCUUGUAGAGAUGGAAUGUAUUUACAAUCUGGAAGAUGUUAUUAAUGUAGUAGUACAUGUUAAACCUGUGAAAAAGAUGCUUAUACUUGCACAUCAUGCAAAAAUAAUGAAUUCCUGUAAAAUAAGGAAUGCAUGAAAUGUCAUAGUUCUUGUUUGACUUGUGAUGGUAUUUCAACAAACUGCACUUCUUGCUAAAAAGGUUUCUCAAAAGACCCUAAGACAGGUCUUUGUGUCGUUGAUUCUCAAACUUGUAGAAAUGACGAAUACUUGGAUAGUAAUAAUAAAUGCUAGAAAUGUAGCUCACCUUGUGCAACUUGUUAAUAUUAUUCUAAUAGAUGCACUAGUUGCAUAUCUGGCUACGAAUUAAAAUCUGAUUCAUUCUAGUGUUAAUAUUAUAUUCCUUCUUGCAUAGAUGGAUAAUUCUUAGAUUCCGAUUAGAAAUGUAAGUCUUGUGAUUCUUCUUGUGCCACUUGUGAUUAGACAAGUACAAGAUGUACAAGUUGCAAAUCUGGGUUUACUCUUUCUAGAUACACUUGCUAAGCAGAUACUUGCUAAGAUGGAUUUUUCAUGAACUAGCAAAGUAGAUGCUAAAGAUGUAGCGAAUCUUGCUCUAAAUGCGUAAACUAUUAAGAUAAUUGUAUUGAAUGUGCUAGUGGAUAUACUUUAGAUACAAGAACUUAAAGGUGUGUGAAAAACUAAAAUAACUCUAAAUGUCAUCCAUCUUGUAAAGAAUGUAGCUAACCUAACAAUUCAUCUGCUUGUAAAUCAUGUAAGGAUGGUUUAUUUUUAAAUAAUAGAAGAGAAUGUGUCCCUUGCAAUAAUUCUUGCUUGACAUGUGAUAGAUAUUAGGACUUUUGUACUUCAUGUUAAUAAGGUUUUAAAUUAGAUAGCACUUAUGGUAAAUGUAUCCCUGACUGUAGAGCAGAUUAAUAUUUAGAUUAACAAGAUAAUUAAUGCAAAUCUUGUGACUCUCCUUGUGGAAGUUGUGAAUACUAUCCAGAUAGAUGUCUUAGCUGUAUCUAAGGAUAUAAGUAUGAUAAUUAAAGAUAUAGCUGUGAAAAAGUUUGCUAAGCCGGGUAAUAUGUUGACAGAGAUUAAACAUGUAAACCUUGCAAAUCUCCAUGUUCAACUUGCGAAUACUAUGAUAAUAGAUGUCUUAGCUGUAUCUCUGGCUAUAAUUACAACAAUUUUAAUUGUUAAAAGAGUCCUAAUUCUAAUUUGAGAAGUUGCCACGAAUCUUGCAAUUCAUGUACAAGAGCUAUGGAUCCUCGUUCAUGCGAUUCAUGUAGAGAAGGAUAUGAGUUAAUAAAUGGCUCUUGUAUAAAAAAGAAAGGCAACUAUUCUGGUCCUAAAAAUUGA